GCAGGAGCAGCUGGUGCCCUGUGACGCAUCCUGGGAUCCUGGUGUGGGUGAAGCCCCCCUCGCCCACCCUGUUACUCCCCCCCAUCCUCGCCUGCGGAGCCGGGGCCGGGGUUAUCGGUGCUGGGUAAACACAGCCCUGCUGUUAUCGCAGAGCAGCCCAACUGCCGGCUUAUCCACCGGUCAAUUAUUAAUGAGCUGCCUGUUGUGUUCACCCCAUGGCACAGCUGGUGGCAGGGGGAUGGGGCUGCUGGGGGGACAGCAUCUGUGCAGCGAGGCUGGGGGUGAGCCCAGCAGCAGGACCCCUCCCCAGCCCCACUGUGAAGCCGGUGAGUGUCACCUGCUAUCCAGGACACCUGCUGCCAUUGGGUUGGGGGGCACAAGGUCUGUUGCCCCCCCAGCCCCAAGCAGAACGCUGCUGCUGACACAGCACAGCCAGCUUUGGGGUCAGCAGGGCCCCAGAAAAGCAGUAGCAAUUUGCUACCUGUGCCAGGAGGAUGCAGCGAGGCACCACAGUCCUGCUGCAGGCUCCAAGCAAGACUGGUCAGUGCAACCCAAGCUCAGGUGCAGCCAUCAGGUGCUGGUGCUGCUGUGCUGAGUCCUUCCCCAGUGCACAGAAGGAGCCCAGCACUAGCCUUGCAGUUUGUCCAAGCGCCUCAUUAAGUGCCAGCACUAAUUAUAUCAAUAGUGGGAAGGUGUUUUCAGGAGCCUGAGCAGGACACAGCGUGGGGCUCUGCUCCAUGCUCCCCCCAUGCCACCUGUCCUCAAGGCAGCGAGGGGCCGGUGCCAGCAGGAGGGCUCACUGCCCAGCUGCCCCUUUAAGGCUGAUCUCAGUGGUGUUCGCUUUCUUCCCAGGAAAAUGAACCUCUAAUUGCAGCAUGGGGGGGUCCCGGGGGCUGCGUCGGCUGCCUGCUGUGCCAGCCCAGUGCCAGACAGAGACUGGUGAUGGCCAGCAUGCAGGUCCCCGUUCUGCUGUCCCUUCACCCCUGUCCUCUCUGCCCCACGCUCACCGCCCAUGUCUUGCAGGUGGCUCUUCGCAUCCGACCCAUGAGCGUGGCUGAGCUGCAGAGGAGGGCCAGGCCCAUCGCCCACUGCCUGGACAAGCAGGUCGUGGUGCUGCAAGACCCCAUGCAGAACCCUGAUAACGUCCUGCGUGCCAACCGCUCCCGGGAGAAAUCCUACGUCUUUGAUGCAACCUUUGACUCCACAGCCACCCAGGAGACCGUGUAUCGUGCCACCACUCAAGGCCUCAUUGCGAGUGUCAUCUCCGGCUGCAAUGCCACCGUCUUUGCCUACGGCCCCACUGGCUGUGGGAAGACCUACACCAUGCUUGGAACCGACAGAGAGCCCGGCAUCUGCGCCCGCGCCCUGGGUGACCUUUUCCACACCAUCGAGGAGAGCAGGGGUGACGUGGAGCAUGAGGUCUCCAUGUCCUACCUAGAGAUCUACAACGAGGUGAUUCGGGACCUGCUGAGCCCCUCGCCGCGCUCCCUGCAGCUGUGGGAGGAUUCCCAUGGCACCGUCCGGGUGGUCGGCAUCACCGAGGUGUCGGCCAGCAGCACCGAGGAGGUUCUACAGCUGCUGCUGAAGGGGAAUCAGCAGCGGACACAGGAGCCCACGGCCACCAACCGCACAUCGUCGCGCUCCCACGCCGUGCUGCAGGUCACCGUGCGGCCGCGGGGACGGGGUCGGGGGCUGCGCAGCGGGCGGCUCCUCCUGAUCGACCUGGCGGGCUCCGAGCGGGCGGCGUGGACACAGAACCGCGGGCAGAGGAUGAAGGAGGGAGCGCACAUCAACAAGUCGCUGCUGGCCCUGGGAAACUGCAUCAAGGCGCUGAGCAAGCCAGCGGGCAGCGCGCACGUCAACUACCGCGACAGCAAGCUGACCCGCCUGCUGAAGGACUCGCUCGGGGGUAACAGCCACACGGUGAUGAUCGCGCACAUCAGCCCCGCCAGCACCGCCUUCGAGGAGUCCCGCAGCACGCUCGCCUACGCCAACCGUGCCAAGAGCAUCCGCCCCACGGUGAAGCACAAUCUGCUCAGCAGCUCACCCCACGGCAGCAUCGUGGCCAACCUGCGUGGGGACAUCCAGCGCCUCAAGCACCAGGUGUACACCGCACCAGGGCCAGACAAGCACUGCACCAUCCGCUACACCCAGGCCCAGAUCCGGCUGCGGGAUGAGCUGCUCGGUGCCUGCCGUGAGCAGGCAGCCCUGCGCCAGCACCUGGUGUGGCUGGAGGGCACGGCACUGCGCACACGGAUGGCAGCCGCCCGGCAGCUCCGCAUCCUCACCCGCUGGGAGAGGAGAGCGUGGCGCUGGGGCAAGGAGGGGCGGAGGAAGCCAGGGGGGCCCGGUGAGAGCAGGAGGGGCACAGACACAGAUGUGCCAGAACCACCCAAGGUGAUCACAGCACGUGAGAGCUUCGUGGCGCUGGCGGAGGAGCAGGGCAGACUCCAGGAGCAGAAGGCAGAGCUGGAGCGGCGCUUGCAGCAGAGCCAGCAGCACACGCGGCGGCUGGAGGAGGCUGUGCAGCGUGGGAGCAGCUCAGCGCAGCAGCAGGAGGUGCUGGCCCUGCUGUGCCACCUGCACCAGCUGCAGCUGCACAACGCAGAGCUGCGCUCCUGCUGCCUGCUCCAGGGUGGCCCCUGGCACCCCCCGGCCACUGCCAAGCAACCCUUCCACCAGCACCGGGCUCCCCGUGCUGCAGAGGGUCAGCCUAGAGGGGACAGCCACCCACCCAGGGGCCAUCCAGCCCGGCCCCUCCGCAGAGGUCUGGCUGUGGGCAUGCAAAAAGCUGGAGGGGAUGGAAGAGCCGCUGGAUGCCAAAAGGAGAAAGAGGCGGCUGCAGUCCUUCGAGGUCGCCAGCCACGGGGUAGGUGGCAGCAGCACCACAUCCCGCUGAGCGCAUCAGGGGACGCAUCCCUGCCUGUCUCCCCAGCUCCAGGCAGGGCUGGCACCCACCGCUUGGCUGCAUUGUGGCAAUUGGCACGAGGAGAUCCAGCAUGGACAGGUGGAACCCCCGGUGCUGAGCCAAGCUCCCUGCCGGAGCGCAGCCGUCCCCGUGCCAAGCAGUGGGCUGAGCACCCAUCCUGCCCGCCCCAGCAUCCUGAGCAGCCCACGGUGCCAGCCCUGCUGGGGCCAGCUGACCCAACCUCUCCGUGGGAUGCACACAGCUGUGCUGGGCAGUGACCAUGCUGCUGCUCAGCACCGCUGUGGCUCAGCAGAGCAGCACAUGAGCUGAGCUUUAUCCUUCUGGAGCAUUAAAAGGAGACACGUGGAG